AUGUCUCGCCAGCUCAUCUCCAGCGAGAAGUUUCCUACCAAGCCCCACAACUGUCCUGCAGUAAAGGUUCCCGGCCUCGUCUUCUGCGCCGGCCAAACAGCCACCGGAGAGAUCAAGCAAGCGACCAGGAAAGUCCUUCAGAAUCUGAAAGAGGUGCUCGAACUCUCCGGCUCCUCAUUAGAACAGGUUGUGAAAUACAAUGUAUACCUGGCGGACAUGAAGGACUUCGCGGCAAUGAACGAAGCGUACAUCGAGUUUCUUCCUCAGCCGAUGCCUUCGCGGAGUUGUUUGCAGGCGCUCGCGCCCGGAGAAGGAACGGUCAUUGAAAUAGAGUGCAUCGCGCAAGUUUAG